AUGCCUAAUGUGGGCUUAGAAUUCAGUUUCCUGGGAGGCAAGAGCAAAGGGAAGGGGUCGGGCAAAGGAAAAGGCAAGGCUGGGAAGAAACCCAAGAAGGCCGCCGUGGAGGUGGAUAUUCUGAGCCCGGCCGCCAUGCUCAACCUCUACUACAUCGCCCACAAUGCCGCCGCCUGCCUGGAGUUCCGUGGCUUCCCGUGGCCGGGCUCUCUGAAGAAGAAAGGGAAGAAGAAGAAGUAG